AAAUAAUGAUGCCUUAUGAAUUAUUUCGAUGUGAUACACAUUUUAUUUUCGUUAAAGAACAACACAGUCUUUGGUGUGAAAAAAAUUCUGGAGAAUUUUCAGUUAAAUCUGAUUGGGAGUGGGCAAGUGCCAAUAACUUAGAAUGUCUUGGAAUUUUUUAUGGGAUUAUUGGUAAAAUAGACCAAACAUCUUUUAUGGAGUCUAAAUUAAUGCUCAUAAAAGAUGUAUCUAAUGUCGGUGAAUUGUAUGGAAAUCACGUAAUUUACAAAAUAAAGUCAGUGGCAUUCCUCGAACUUGGAAGUAAAAAUGCAAACAUAAAUCUUCUUCCUUGUAAAAAACAUAACAAUAGUGGGAUUAACAACAAAGCACUUGGAAGAUUUUUGGAUGAUGCGCAAAAAACAGGAUUUGCUAAGACAUGGGGUUCGAUUAAAAGUGCAACAAAUACUAUUAAAAAUACUACUCAACAAGCAGCGACGCUUGCUACUUCACAAGUUAAGUCAACGAUGAUCAGAAGAAACGGCAAAGAUAAAGAAAAACUUGAAAAGCGAUUGCUUGAUGAACUUACUAAAGUAUUUUCCGAAACUGAUUCGUUCUUUUUUUGUGAAACUGGCGAUUUAACGAACAGUUUACAACGAAGAAAAAAUAAUACUAAGUUAUCAAGUGAUGAAAAUCAACCACCAUUAUGGAAAACUAUUGAAAAGUGUCAAGUUGAAACAGGCUUUGAUCAUCAACCCAUCUUUGAAACGUUUCAUUUAGCAAUUAUUUCAAGAAGAAGCCGAUUCCGAGCUGGAACAAGAUACAAAAGAAGGGGUGUUGAUGACGAUGGUAAAUGUGCUAAUUAUGUUGAAACGGAGCAACUAGUUUGGUAUCACGACCAUCAAGUAUCUUUUGUACAAGUUCGUGGGAGUGUCCCUGUAUAUUGGUCUCAACCUGGUUAUAAAUACAAACCGCCUCCUCGCAUUGAUAAAGGUGAAGCUGAAACUCAAGUUGCAUUUGAGAAACAUUUUGCCGAAGAAAUAGCAUGCUAUGGUCCUGUUUGUAUUGUCAAUCUCACCGAGCAAUCUGGUAAAGAGAAAAUAAUUUGGGAUGCAUACUGUGAUCAUAAUGUGACAAUCUUAAUUAACGCACUGUCAGAUAUUCUCGGAGAAAUGGGCUAUUGUUGGCGUGAUUCUCACGGAUCAAUUUGUUCUCAACAAGGAGUAUUUCGUAUUAACUGUAUUGACUGUCUAGACCGAACAAAUGUUGUGCAAACUGCUAUUGGGAAAACUGUGAUGGAAAUGCAAUUUUCUAAACUUGGAUUAAUACCACCUGAUGGAACGCUUCCAUCAAAUAUACGACAGACAUUUCAGUCACUGUGGGCAAAUAAUGGUGACAUUAUUAGCAAGCAAUAUGCAGGAACUAAUGCUUUGAAGGGAGAUUACACCAGAACUGGAGAAAGAAAAUUUACGGGGCUUAUGAAAGAUGGAGUUAAUUCAGCAAAUCGAUAUUAUCAGCAACACUUUUUGGACGAGACUUAUCAGGCAGCUAUAGAUAUCACCCUCGGUAAUCCUAUUGAUAUUGAAAAAUUCAAGACUAGUUAUUUACAUUCUUUACAUAUUCUUGACAAUUGUUGCGUUGAGCUAAUACCUGUUAAACCACCAAAUAUAGAACUUCAGUUUCUAAAUCACCCUGAAAUUUUACUUGCAACAAAUAUUUAUACAUUCAUGAGGUACUAUUUAAAUCGAUUUAAGGAUCUGUAUAGACAAGCAAGUAUCGAUUUAAUGUUAGGAAAAACAGUUAGUGAAGAAAUAUUUCAAGAGCGAACCGAAGAAGAAGACAAUGCUGCUACGGCAAUUCAUGUUAAAUUACUCAUUGAAGAUUGUAAGAAACUUUUGAUUUCAAACUCUGAAGAAAUAUUAGGAAGUUGGGGACUUAUUGACGCAGACCCUGUAACGGGCAAUCCGAAUGAGACUGAAAUGGACACGAUUUUAAUUUUAACAAAAGACAGUUAUUAUAUCGCUGACUAUGAUGAUCAAAUUGACAAAGUCACAAAUUAUCAACGAGUUCUUUUAUCUGAAAUUGAAAUGAUUGAAUUUGGACAGCCAGAAAUAAGUACAUCGUUUUUUAAAAAUAAACAGCAUCAUUGUAUUCGUAUAAAUUAUUGCGUAAAUAAUGAAAGUGGUUACUAUCAUAUGUUUCGAUGUACAAAUUUAAGAUUUUUUAACAAUAUGGCAGUCGUUAUUAAAACAGAUGAAGAGGCUAUAGAAUCUUUGAGAGCUAUUUGUGAAGCUUUUUCAGUUGCAAUUGAAAUUGCUGCAUUGCCAGAAAUUCCAGUAGUAAUGAAUACUUCUUUAGUCAAAAAAAUAAGUAAACAAAUAGAAACUAAAGGAUCUACCGGACUCUUAGACAUAUCAUCAUUUCCUCAGUUGACUAGAAAUACUUCUGAAUCACAGCUUCAUGCUCUCAAGAAUGCAGGUACAAAAGCAUUCAAUAACAUGUCAGAGCAGUUUAGUAAAUUGAAUAAACUAAGUAAUAGUUUUGGUAACGCCAGAAAAUUAUCAAUAAGUCAUACAGACAAAAAAAUCUCCAGCGAUAAAAUAGAACAAAAUACACAGUCAAAAGUAGUUUUUACAAUCGAUCGAUGUGAGCCUGGUAUUGAAGCCGAAAAUUACGAUUUUGAUACUCACAGCUAUGAUGAUAGUCAUGAAAAUUUCGAAGAAGAUAAUUCUAAAGUUGAAUCGGUAAUUUCAUCACUUGAAAAUAAUUCUUCGAACCCAAAAAUAACCAUUUUAAAUACUGAUGGCCAAGAAAAAGAUGAAAAAGAGAAAAUAGUACCACCAUCUACUUUGAAUCUCGUUAAAAAAAUCAGUCAUUCUUCAAGUGAAGUUGAUAGCGAUACCGACAGCCGUAAUUUUAUAGAAGUCGAUAAAAAUGGUGAAAGAAAAAGUACUAGUCUUGAAGAAGGCUUACCAAAAAAUAACAUCACAUCGUCGCAAAGUGAAUCGGCAUUAAAGUCAAUAAAAUCUAAUAUUACAAAUGUAACGAGUCCUGUUGCUACUACAGCAAAAGAAAUACUUUCACCGUUUUCUAAAUUUGCUAAGGGAGUACAAACAUUUGGGGCUAAUUUGGAUCCAAGAAAACUUAAAUCUCAUCAAGGUACUGUAUCAAAAAAUUUAUCUGAUCAUCACUUGGAUCAACGAGAACAACUUAUAGAACGUUGGAAAGGAUGUAAAUCUAUGUUAAUUGCUUUAUAA